CGGAAAUUGGAUAUGGACAACCAGGAAUGGGCGACUCAGCUCCGUAUUGGUUACUUUGCUUGCUCUCUACGUUGCGUUCCAUACGUAUUACACUUGUACGGCCGGGCACCCAGUCCUUUUUUAUUUCACUUCAUCUUUUAUUCAGAUUCAUUGGUUUCGAUUUUGUUGAUACUAUAGAUAUAUAAGGGCAGGCUAUGUGCUUAUUCUGCGUCUGCUCGUUUUUAUUUUUGAUACUAUUUCGAUUUCUCAAGAACAAGUACAUCAAGAGUCUGUCUCGCUGCGUCACAAAGAAACUACAUCUACAACAGCACUGAUGUGCUAUUUUGCUAAAAACAUAUUCUUGAAUAUUCUUCUUCCAUUUUUUUUCUUCUACAACUCGAACUCCUAUUCUACAACUGUUAUUCUUCGAUUCGUGUUCUUCGAGUCUGGGUCUUCUAUUCUUGUUCUUCUAUUUUUGAUUCCGACAGCACGACUGAAUUGCAAUGGUCCUCUGAUUGUGCUUGUUCUUCUAGAUGAACAAGUAUUACCGCUGUUGAGGCGGUCUCCAUUGCUCUGUGUAAGAUUUGCUUCAGACUUGACCGCGGACGGUGAGUCUGCAUGAAGUGCAUGAGCAUGGCCAGCUACAAGUAUUGCCGCUAAUAUACCUGCCGUGCUGGUUCCAUAUUUUGGUCACGGCGACUACUACCACAGCCUGCUUCCAGACUUUCUAGCUUACAGAGAGCAAGCACUGCUAGGG